GACGUCCGCUGUUAGCAACAAUGCUCUCUACCAACAGAUGGAGGAUUGCAUGAAUAUUUCUAGAGAUUUUAACUCCAAGAGAUGUGUUUUAAGGACAUGUUUGACAGUGUUGGCUAUUGUGUUGGCAGAGUCUGUGCCGCGAUUUGAUUUGGUCAUGUCAAUCAUAGGAGGAACGUUCACAGGACCACUAGUGUUUAUGUUACCUCCAUUAAUGUUUCUGAAAAUAAGAAAAUUGAGUAGAAGACGCGAAGAACAAUUUACGAAUGAAGUAAAAGCCGAAAAAGCCACUUCUUUAGAAUCCUGUAAAUUCGUCGUGGAGAAAUUCACGGACAGAGCGAAUGUGGAAAGUAUUUUCUGCUUGUGGAUUGUAGCAAUUAGUAUUUUAUUGACUUCUGCAACAAGUUAUAUUAAUUUUAGCAAUGCCAUUUAUUCGUAUAAUAAUGCCAGCCGACCAUGCAUUUAUAACAUAUCUACAAUAUUAAUAAACUCCUAGUUAAAGGAAUUUAUUUACUUAAUUAAUUUAAUUAUAGAUAAAAUCUUAACAAUGGUUUAAAUUUCUUUAAUGAUCGUUAUAAAUUAUUGUUCAAUAGGUAAAAGCAUUGUUGCACAAUUAGAAAAAACUUUUUGAAAUUUCUGUCAAAAUAUAUAACAAUUGUAGUAAUUUAUUCCUUCUU